GUGAACGUCACAGACGUCAAGACUUCACAGCCCUCCACCUCUUUCUCCAGUGUAGUCUUACGAGCUAACUACUUCUUAGUUCUACCUUUUGGGGUGCUUUCCCGCGGUUGUCAUGGGCUGCCUAUCGCGAUGGCUGUGAUUUCUGUCGCUGCUAGGAGGUAUUUUAGGAACGCACUUUCUGGAACGCACUUUCUGGAACGCAGUCCGGCCUCCAGCUACUAUACCGGCACUCUUGUGACGAACCUGAUCACUCCUUAGGGUACAGACGGCUGCCUGCUAGAUGGACCCCCGGUAUGUCGAUGCCAUGCCGAUACGGCUUGUGACCUGAAAUGCGGGUCAUCUGGUAGGUAGGCAAACAAUAUAUGAAGAGCGAACUGCUCUCGAUUUCAACAGAAUUGCUAUCCUGCUUCAACAUCGCCAGCUCCAUCCUCCAUCAUCCAACAACCUUUCGAUUCCAACCAGUCACCUUCGUCACUCCCCCCACACAGUCAUCACAAUGCGCUACUCAACCAUCCUCGCUGUCCUCGUGGCAUCUGUUGCUGCAGCACCACUCCCAGCACCACAAAGCCUCAUAGGCACCGUCGCUGGCUUGAUCCCAGGCGGCUCCGGCGGAAACGGGCCCACCACCACCACUACCACCAACAACAAUUCGCCAUCUCCUGAAGGCAACAUUGGCGACACUUCUCUCGGGGACUUUACUGGCCACGGGGGUUCCGGAAACCCAUCCUUUGGUGCGGGUAAUGCAAGCGGAGACUCGGAUAACGGAAACGGCAACCCCCUCAGCGGCAACCAAGUCAAUGUGGGAGACCUUUCUCCAACUGUCAACAUCCUGAGCAAGGGAUCACCAUAAGUGGUCGAUUCAUAUGCGGACAUCUGUCCAGGAGUGAGAGAUCCUUUCUCCUACCUAGUGUCUUUUGCAGGAGUUGGAAGGAGUUAAAUUGAGGGAGGGGGUAAUGAAGGAGGGAAGCAGCUUGAUUUUUGGUGUUAUAGGUUGCUUUAGGUAGGCGGAAAUAGAGAUUGUUUAAGCAUAUAUCUGAAC